AUGCACUAUUCGAGCUCUUCCGAAAACUUAACGGAGUGGAAGACCAGGAGUCGGACGCCAAGCUCGGACGAGCCAUUCCCUUCGCCAACCUCAAGUGUCAAGGCCGAGACUUCGAGCACCAGCAACAGCUCACCGGAGGAUGAUUCGGCGCACGCGGCUGCACCCACGCUGGGAAAGCGCGAAUACAGCUGCGGCUUGUAUUCAGACUACUACGCUGCCUAUCCACAAGAUAUACUUCAAGGCAUGGACACCCAGUUCAGCAAAUACUCCUACGAUCUUCACGAAGGGAGCACUGCUAUUCCAUUCAUCAUGGCCCAGGCUCCAGCAGACACGCACGCCCAGCUAGUUGCAGUCGAUCGAAAGCUCUGGACAGCAGGUGGUAGCAAUACUACUGAAGACACUCCAGCAAACGAGACAGCUGCAGCCACCGUUCUAGAACGCUUUCAGAACAUUGAAAAUCAGCGCCUGGCCUCGAUCAGGCGGAUCACACAGGCAGAGGGUGCCAAAUCGGAAGAUGUAUACGCAUUACACAACGACAGAUCCAUUUCAAAACGCGCGGCAUUCAUUGCGAAGAGUCAAGCCUCAAAACAUAGCUUGCUUGUUGUUGGCAAGUCUGCGAACCAGAGACGCCCCGCGAUGCAUAAGAACAAGAAGCGGAGAUCGAUCAUGCUAUCGCCGCCCCCCACGGAUAGGAAACAUGAGCAGAAACUAAAGCCAGAGCUACCGGCUGAGCAGACAAGGCCAACCAUCCUGAUCUUGAACCAGAAGGAGGACAAUCAACGACGCGACAUGGACUCCGCUUUGCAGGGAAAACGUCUUGACUUGGACAACACGCAACAUGUGCAUGAAUUGAUGGAAAAAUUGGGCAAGGCGAUGACAGAAGACCAUGAAGCCAAUGAGGGUCAGAUAGUGGGGGAAAAAGCGGGAGUAGGUGCAUCAAAUUAG